CAGCCAGCGAAGUCAGUCCCGAAACGUUCCCGUUCUUAAGUAGGUAAUAUGCUGAACUUAAGUGAUAUAAGGAAAAAAGUCGACCAAAUUCUCGACUGGCAACCGGCGGUGUUUUCCUCGACGGCGCAACCCAAUACCUCGGGAGUUUCUUCCCUGUAUCGCUUAGCUUUGAGGGUCCUUUAUAAGCUUUGUAAGUUUCCGAAUGAGUCCCAGGAGCCAAACGGCCCGCCGACGGAACAGGAGCCGUCUGGUUCAGUGGAGUCGCCGCCGGAUGUAGCACGUCCGGACGAGAGUCAUGGAAAUUGCGAUUAUAAUGAAAACGAACACUUCCAAAAUGAUGAAAAUGAAAAUUCCCAUCAAAAUGGAAACGAAAAUUCAGAAGAAUCGCUGGAACUUUCGUCCGGCGGAGAAGCAGAAGACUCUGAGGUCGAUGAGAAUGCAGAAGACUCUGAGGACGAUGAGAAUGCAACCGAGGAAGACGAUGAUGAAAAUAUGUAUGAUGAAGGAGAGGAGGAAGUUUUGGGAAACGAUGAUUUUGAGGAUGAGGAUGAAGAAUCAGAAGACGAGGAUGGAAAUGAGUAUCAGGAUUGUGAUGGGGAAGAAUAUGGGCGGGAGGCCCAUGGGGAGAAAGCAGCCGAGGAGGAAGAUUUUUCAGACUCGGAAAAUGAGAAUGUUCAUGGGGAUCUGGAAGAUAUGGAGGAUGGGGAAGAAGAGGAUGAAGAAGAUGCAACUGAGGCCAAUGAGGUAGCUGUGGAGCACAUGGAGCAUGUGAAUCAAUUAUCAUCGGCAUCAGGACUUCGCAAAAGGCGUGAAGACUCCGAGGACCCGGAUUUGAGCGAACCAAGCUCCAAAAAGCUAAAAAACUAAAUCUGCCAGAAGCGUUCAUCUUGUGUAAAUGGUAUUUUCAUUAUAUUUAUUAAAGAAUUUAUUAAAUUUAAACUUUUUUGUUGAAUAAAGAGCUGGGAAUUAAAAGACAAGUUAAAUUUAUUAAGAGGGAAUCACAAUUUAAAAUAUUGCCAGUCGUAACUGUAGGGCGCGAAAAAACUCUAUCGAUAACAUUGAAGACACUUCUCAAUACUGUUAUGUGCCCAUCUCUACCAGCCAUAUCAAUAUGCCAUCUCUAGCAGCCAUUUCUAACUGUCAUCUCUAAUUGCUACAUCCACCUUGUGUGACCAAACAGAAAAUACCGAAAUUAUAAUUUAAUUAUAUACAUUUGUCAUAUUGUGAAUGAAAAUAGCACAGCCGGCCCACGGUGACAUAUAUUUUUGUGACUGUCCGGUGGGCCCGGUAAAGCUAAUUUUCAAGUUGGCAAAAAUAUAAAACAAAACAAA